AUGCCUUCUACGAUCUUGCUCCAGAACGCGACCAUCCUCGUCCCGUCCGGGGAUGAUGUUACACCACUCCGCGAGCACUCUCUGUUGAUUGAGGGGAACAAGAUAGCGCAGAUCUCGUCGCAUAUUGCACCUCCAUCGGUCGACACUCAGGUUAUCGACUGCACGGGGAAGAUUGUGUCGCCUGGGUUUAUUGAUACGCACCAUCAUCUGUGGCAGACACAGCUCAAGGGGCGUCAUGCCGACCAUACCUUGAUAGAGUAUAUGCCCACUGGAAACCUUCAACAAAUCAAUUAUUCACCCGAAGAUAUCUUCUGGGGCCAGCUGGCAGGCUGUUUAGAGGCCUUGGAUGCCGGCACUACAACGGUCGUAGACCAUGCCCAUAUGAAUGUUACUGCCGCUCAUUCUUUGCAUGGCCUCCAAGCCACGGUCUCAUCCGGAAUUAGGUCAAUUUUCUGCUACACUCCCACUCCCACUGUCAAGUCAUGGAAGCCAGAGAUAGUACCAGGCGGAAAUUUCCUAGAUGACUGGGUGGUGAAGCAGCUGAGUGAUUUAGCUACUGCAGCUCCUUAUGGAGACGGCAGAGUCGAAAUAGGGUUGGGCUUUGAUGGGCUCAUGCUUCCAAAGGAUGUCGUGGUAUCACUUUACGACAGAGCCCGCAAAGCAGGCACGAAGGUUAUAACUACGCACUACGUUCGGGGUCACUUCAGCGACGAUUCACUUGUUGAUCUUCUCGAUAGUUAUGGUCUGCUUGGACCAGAUAUCAUCCUUUCCCACGCCACGCAUCUCACAUCAAGCGACGUCGAGAAGCUGUCCAAGGCAAAAUCAUGGGUCUCAUCCACCCCAGGAUCGGAACUGCAGAUGGCACAUGGAUACCCAGUUUGCUUCCAGGAGGGAUGUAGUAAGAUAAGUUCUCUCGGGAUCGACUGUCAUAGCAGCACCUCUAGCGACCUGGUUACCGCUAUGCGUCUUGGGUUGCAAGCCGAACGAGCUCGUCGGAACGAGGAGGUCCUUGCCAGUGGAAAAACUCCCCGCUCGUUGGACCUCUCCGUACAAGACGUUUUCCGUCUGGCAACCAUUCAGGGUGCCCGUACCCUACAUAUGGAAGAUAAGUUGGGCUCGAUCGAAGUGGGAAAGCUUGCCGAUCUGGUCAUCUUCGAUGGAACCAGCCCGGGGAUGGUGUGUGCGAGUGAGCAGGACCCGGUUGCAGCUAUUGUCCUUCACUCGUCAAUUCGAGAUAUCGAUACCGUCAUUGUCGACGGUCAGGUGCGUAAGAAGGAUGGUCGACUGACGUCCGUGGAGAUAAGCCCGUCGUUUUCGGAGGUCCACAUACCCAAGCAAAAGGUGGAAUGGGGACAUGUGGCGCAGAAACUGGUUACCAGUCGGCAAAGCAUUGAGGAAGCCAGGGUGAAGACCGGUGCCACUGAUUUGGACUCCAUGGUUUCAGCAUCGCUCAAGCUAUUUCACGCGGAUCAGGCACGGUUUACAAGGGUGAUUUUGUGGGAAAUGACACCCCGUCGAUCAAGCAAACGAGUAGGACGGCCCCGUCUAGACACCACCGCCACCACCAACACCACCGCCAUCCUCUCUCCCAAUCGUCGUACCCAAGUCCGUCGUGCCCAGCGCACAUACCGACUCAGAAAGGAAGCCGUGUUUCGAAAUGCGAUCGACAGAGCCGAGCAGCUUGAAGCGAGAUUCCGCAUCGUCAGGGAAGAGGUAGCAGGGCUACUCGCUGAUGUCGCCACUGAGGAACAGCAACUACAUCCUACAUUCCGUACUCGAUUGAAACGACUUCAUGAGGUUCUUCUAUUCGAUGACGGUGACGGCACUCCCGUCGCAACAAGCACGGACAAUACUACACCAUCAUCCUCAUUCUCAUCCUCGUCCACAGAAACAGAUCCAUCUCCACCGGGACAACAUCACCAACAACCAACAUAUUCCAAUAACAACCACCGUCUAAUCCAUAACCAACCGCUCACACCCAUCCCAACAAAACACCACACCUACGCCUUCCACGAACCCCGUUUCUUGCGCAAACUCCACCGCUACACCCUCGAGCACGCCUACCGCCUCUUCACCGACCCGCGCUCCAACCCAUUUACCAUCUACCGCGUCUUCCGCCUGGUGCCUUGCAUCCGCGAUCCGCAGAAGACACAGCCCCGCUUCCAGCAGCUCUUGACGGGCGGGUGUACCGAUCCGCUAGAGGUUCCGGGAUUACCCUUCUAUGGUAUCGGCGGCGCAGGCACGCAUUUCCGGGGUGUUGACGGGGAUGUACCGCGGAAUAGGAGGAUGCCGGGGAGGGUGUUGGGGGUGAUGAGUAGAAGUAGUAAUAGUAGCAGCAAGAGUAAGGGUGAUAUGUUGGAGAUGUAUGGUCUUGGAGGUACGUGGUUUGAUUGUCGUGAUGUCGAGGGGUUUUUGGGAUUGAUGGGGGUGGAUGUUACGAGUGGGGGGAUGUUUCUGAGGUGUAGUGGGUCUGCUGGGUCUGGGGAUGCUGUGGGGGAGUAUGUUUUGGAUGUUGAGGGGUUCUUUUCGAGUAAGUGGCUUCUUUGA